CAAAAGAAGAAUAAACACCAAACCAAAUCAAAUGCGUCGGCGAGCUGCCCCGUGCACCCGCACGGCUCCGCGCAAUCGAGGCACACCCCGCGCGCCGCUCGUCGUCACGCACAUAGGCAUGGUGUGUUGACCGUCGCGAGCGCCUCCAUUCGCGUGACCACGCCGCUCUCCGGCUUGCACGCCACGAACCGCAUGCCACCCACGCGCGCCGAGGCUCACCCCAGCGACGGGCAUAUCGAUGAGCUUCCGUGCGUCCAUCGUCAACCACGUUGGGCGGCUGAAGGCACCCUGCCCCAUGUUGUGAUACAUGCACACGAGGUUCUCAUCUUGGAAUAGCAGCGUGCAGUGUCGGGCGAAGACUAGAAGGAAGACAAAGAAAACAGAGCAAGAUAGAAUGAAGAUGCUGAUAAAUGAGGCCAUCACAGGCUUAUGCGAACCGACGAGCACCAUUCUCCCAAAGAGCAUGGCGAUUGCAGACUUGGGCUGCUCCUCAGGCCCGAACGCGCUAACGCUUGUCUCGGCUGCUCUCGAUGCUAUCCACCAUCACUGUGCACAGCAGCAACAGCCACCGCCAGAGGUGUGCGUCUUCUUGAACGAUUUGCCCAGCAACGAUUUUAACUCCGUCGCGAAAAGCUUGGCGACUCUGAAGCACAGCCAUGGCGAUCUAGACGAUCCGGUUGUGAUCACCGGAAUCGGAAUGAUACCUGGGUCAUUCUACGAGAGGCUAUUCCCCUGUGGCUCUCUGCAUUUUGUUUGCUCGUCGAACAGCUUGCACUGGCUAUCAAAGGCUCCAGAUGAUCUUAAGGAGGGUAAAAUACCUAUGUAUGACAUGGUUGAACAUCUUAGGGUGUCGAGGCGUGCAGCUGUUAGGGAUGCUUAUGCUCGCCAGUUCAGGAAGGAUUUCACGCAGUUCUUGAGCUUGAGGGCUCAAGAAUUGGUGACGGGAGGCCGGAUGGUUAUCUCCUUGUAUGGCCGGUGCUCGGAAAACCCUAUCUCAAGAUCCAAUCAGGCAUGGCAGGUGGUAGCAGUAGCUUUGAAUGACAUGGCAUCCAGGGGUAUCAUUGACAAAGAAAAGCUCGAUUCCUUCUACAUACCACUCUACGCACCUUUGGAGAACGAGGUGAACGAAAUCAUUGAGGAUGAGGGUUCAUUUGAAAUCAACAAGAUGCUAGUGCGAAAUCCAUUCAGCGGCAUGGACGACGCCACGGUCAGUCCAAAGAUGAUAGCAUUAUCGAUAAGAGCAGUAUUCGAGUCAACGGUUGUUCUGCAUUUUGGAUCAUCAGAAGAAAUUAUGGAUGAGUUUGCCAAAACGGUUGAGCAGAAGUUGAGCUCUGGAUCAGCCUGGCGAGCCGUACUUGCUGCCGAGUACCCUCUCGUUUUGUUGUGUCUUUCACUCACAAGAGUGAUCUGAUAUCUUGUUGUGCUUCUUUUCUUUAUGUCAUGUGUGGAACACUGCCCCCAUCUUAAAUGUUUUGUUUAGUCACAUAUAUACUUAUCAAAUAAAAGCCUUUUUCCGGGCUUUCUCAGGAGCAUAUUAAUCAA